AAGCGAACAUCGCUACCUGCUUGAUUCGUUUCGCCAAAGCAAUAGCUCAGCAGUACUUUGACGACUGCGCACAAACACGAGGAAAUCUCCCGUUUAAUACAUACUCGAGCGAAGAUGGCGGCUGUUGUGGAGAAUGUAGUCAAAGUCCUAGGGGAGCAGUACUAUAAGGAUGCCAUGGAGCAGUGCCAUAAUUACAAUGCGCGUCUCUGUGCUGAAAGAAGCGUCCACAUGCCAUUCCUGGACUCACAGACUGGAGUGGCCCAAAGCAACUGCUACAUCUGGAUGGAGAAGAGACACAGAGGUCCAGGGGUUGCUCCAGGGCAGCUGUAUACCUACCCUGCUCGUCGCUGGAGGAAGAAACGACGGGCGCAUCCUCCAGAGGACCCCCGCCUUGCCUUCCCUCCCCUCAAAUCAGAGGUGGAGCUGGCGCUGAAGAAGGACGUGCUGCCCCCUGCGGACGGCAGCAGCCUGGAGGCCCUGCUGAAGGCCGAGCCCCAGGAGAAGCGGGGCACCCCGGAGCUGCGGGGGCCCGAGGAGGAGCCCAGCGUGCCAGAGUUCACCGCCGGAACCCACAACUCGUCCACCCGCCUUAGGAAGAGAGUCCUGGAGCCUGAUGACUUCCUGGACGACCUGGACGAUGAAGACUACGAGGAAGAUACCCCCAAGAGACGAGGGAAAGGGAAGGGAAAGGGCCGUGGGGUGAGUAGCAGCCGGAAGAAGAUGGACGCUGCCGCGGCCGCCCUGGAGGACAGGGACAAGCCUUACGCCUGCGACAUCUGCGGGAAGCGCUACAAGAACCGCCCGGGCCUCAGCUACCACUACGCGCACUCCCACCUGGCGGAGGAGGAGGGCGAGGACAAGGAGGAGGCGGAGCUGCACACCCCCGUCCCGCACCACCCGGAGGAGCACAAGACCCCCAAGAAAGGACCAGACGGCCUGGCCCUUCCCAACAAUUACUGUGACUUCUGCCUGGGCGACUCCAAGAUCAACCACAAGACGGGCCAGUCGGAGGGGCUGGUGUCCUGCUCGGACUGCGGCCGCUCGGGUCACCCGUCCUGCCUGCAGUUCACUCCGGUCAUGAUGGCGGCGGUGAAGACGUACCGCUGGCAGUGCAUCGAGUGCAAGUGCUGUAACAUCUGUGGCACCUCUGAGAAUGACGACCAGCUGCUGUUCUGUGAUGACUGUGAUCGGGGAUACCACAUGUACUGCCUCAGCCCUCCCAUGUCCGAGCCGCCCGAAGGAAGCUGGAGUUGUCACCUGUGUUUGGAUCUGUUGAAAGACAAGGCCUCCAUAUACCAGAACCAGAACGCCCCUCCCUCCUGAUGAGUCCCCCCCGCGCUCCCGUCCGUCAAAGCCCUGAGACCACUCCCCUUCAGACCUCUCACCGGUGAGGGAGGGGGGCAGGAGGCCCCCCCACAGAGAGAAGUCCCUCUUUUCCCAUCCUGGAACAGGACGUGCACCCGGGCACCUCCCAAACUCAACAGCCCUCAACUUCUUCCCCCCCCCCCCCCCCCCCCCCUCACAAAUCCUGUUAAGGGUUUAUUGCUUACUGUGACUCUUUGUGUUCCUCAGAACGUUCCGGAAAACUUGUUCCGUCAAUAUUCGGUUUGUAUAAGUGGUUCUGUUAUGUAGGUAUAUGUCUGUUUUGAGGACAUGAAACUGAAGGUCCCCGGAUGGCAUACUUUUCCAUGCAGUAUUUCUUCUCUCUUACACUAUUUAUCAGAAGAAAGCCGAGUAAUGCAAUUUUCAUGGCCUCUCUGAGCGGAGCAGAUCUCUGUGGCCAUGACGAGCCGUCCGGUUUGCACUGCAUGGUUUAAAAAAGCUACAGUACUGCGCAGCAGCCGCUUGCCAUUUACACGCAUCUUUCUUUUCGCUCAUCGAUAAAGGACAUCGUCUGUCGGAUUGUCGAGACAUCUGUGGUACGUAGAAGGCGAUAAUAGUCGGAGUCAGUGGGCAUGCCAGUGCUUGUUUGUCAAGAAAGCAGUAAAUGUUUUGUAUAUUUAUAUAUUGGUGUGAAUAGUUCUAAAAAAAAAAGAAAAAACUAUACGAAAUGGCAGAAAGCUUGUCAGUUGAUGGUCUUGAUGGUCCGGGGUUGUCAUUAACAGGAAAAGUGGUGAAAUAUGUGGAAUGGUGGCCAAAGUACUGGUCUGAUCCAGGUCCACUCGCCACUGCUGCUCUUACAGGACAGGGCUGGUGUUUUAAUCAUAUCAAGAGGUCAGAAUUGAGAGCAUACAGAAUUGAAUGGGUGUCCUGUGCUAAGUGAGCUGCUGUUGGGACGGGACGGGUGUCUUAUCGCACCAAUGCAGGGGUACAUAGACGGCCUUUACUCUCAGGCCUGCCCUUGCCUUCCACUGACAGAAUUUUUGGGGUUGAUUUGGUCCCCUUUUAUCUCCCGUGAUGUCUGACCCACUUCACGCCCCUCAGAGCUUUUUAGAUGGGGGCGUUAAGCCCUGACGCUGGUCUUAAGACCCGGCCAGCGCGGUGGCUCUGUUCCUCUGAUCUGAGCACGGUGUGUUCACACCUCCGUCUGCUGCUCUGGUCCAGAGUGUUUACCCUGCGCAAGUGUUCAGCUACCCUGGGCAAGUGCUCAGUUGCCCUGAACAAGUGUUCCACUACCCUGGGCAAGUGUUCAGCCACCCCGAGUAUGCGUUCCACUACCCUGGGCAAGUGUUCAGCUCCUCUUUCACUUCACCUGGCACCAGAGGCAGGUUUUCUAAAUCCAGGGAUGUCAGACUCUACACAUUUUGGUAGAGCUAGGGGGAAAACUCCAGGGGGAAAAUGCUUUUGCCACAACGGUCUUUAUGUUUUAUAUGUGCUUUUUUAUGCAUUUUGUUUGCCAUAUCUUUGUAUGAGAAUUUAAGUAUCACAAAUGUUGAUUUUCAUAUUUUAUAACUAGGUUGCAAUCAGAAUCAGUGUUUGUAAUUCUAGUUAAUACGGUUCCUGCCUGGGGGCAAAUAUCUUAUGAUUCCGGCUAUUGAUUUGACCAAACCAGUUUAGCUUCUGUCCUUCCCCAGUUCAGCGAGUGCUUGCAGUGUGCAGAUAGCGAGAACGGCUGCUCUCUGUACAUCCAGGGCUGUGUUUGAGAAGCACAGGUUCAGACACGGGAGAAUCAAAAUGACCGAGGUAUGCCACCUCCACAGUACUGCCUGUAGAGGGCGCUGUUGAUUCUGUGAUCAGCCUGCUUCGUUGGUUUGUACCCGCAGAAGGAUUCAGGCUGUCUCCUCAUCUGCUGAAUGAUCCAUAUCAGUCGUUUAUUUUGUUGUCAUGACCGUAAAACUUCACGUCUGAGUUCUGUGGUGUUGGCACCGCACAGUUGUUGGCUGAGAUGAUAUUUUCAGUGGCUGGAAGAAAUCUAUCGGUAGAGAUCUAAUGCAACUGCACAAAUUGUGAAGUCCCUCCUCAGUGUAUGGAGGGUUUAAUACUUUUUAUAGUGACAUGCGUCUGUUAUUGGACUCUUUAUAGCUGGAUGCUUUGUAAACUUUUUUUAAUUGUCAUGUGAAUAGUAUUUACCAUUGUUAUAUAUAUAGUGUUAUUCUUGCAAAUUUCAAAUAUCAAUAUUUACAGAGGGAAUUGAUAUUACAAUGUAGACGCACAACUGAGAAUCACAAAAAUCUAUAGUAGCUUCAAAGUAAGUUUCCAUGGGUGAGGAUUCUCACUUAAUAUUGGUUAUAAUAUUCCCUACCUUUGUCUAGUACUGUAAACUUGUCUUACAGCCAUGAUGUACCUCAAGUUUAUUAACAGUAUUUAAAAUGGAAAGAAAAAAAAACAGUACUUCAGGCCAAUGCUCUGUAAUUAGGUGUUUACAAUCAAAUGCAUGUGAACCACACACUGUUUUUAAUUUACUCUCAGUUUGUCUAUUGUGGGGAUGUUAAAAGAUUUUGGGAUAUUUGUAAUAUCGUUUAGUUAAUCAUGUUUUAUCCAUGUCCACUUAACCAUUUAUACUGAAACUUCAGCAUACAUUUUUGCAUUUUAGAAACAUGCUGAGUGUUUUCACAUAUUUCACACAUGUAUGUUUUAUAGGUUUUUUCUUAUUUUGAAGACCUGUAUUUGUGUUACCAUAGCCUGUCUGUUUAUGGUACGUGUACAGUUUUUGUCCUUUUUUAAAGUCAAUUAAACUUUGGCACUGAUUGUA